GGCUGCAGAGUGCAUGGGCUCAAACCAAAGGCGUGGCUGUGUGCAGGUGGACCGCUGCUGCUCUCCAUCUCAACUUUCUUCAAGCAGGACUUUCUCCUCCGAGGAACUAAAUCACCGCAAACAUGCCUAAAUGUCCCAAGUGCGAGAAGGAAGUUUACUUUGCUGAGAGAGUGUCGUCACUUGGCAAAGACUGGCAUAGACCCUGUCUGAAGUGUGAGAAAUGCAACAAGACCCUGUCGGCUGGCUCACAUGCAGAGCAUGAUGGGAAGCCUUAUUGUAACAACCCAUGCUACUCAGCACUCUUCGGUCCCAAAGGUUUUGGACGUGGCGGUACUGAGAGCCACACAUUCAAAUAGGUCAUUGCACAAGUUUACACACUAUAUAAGCUUGUUUUAGUGGAGCUUAUUUUUUGUUUAUUUGCCACUAUUUUUAGCCACAUAUUGUUAAACCAAGGACAAAAUGACCAAACCAUGCAAUGUUUUAGAAAGUACCAAUUUGUAUAAUCUGUUUUUAAGAUGGUGUCUGCUAUAGCAGCACACACUGAUUUUUCA